AUGUCAGCGAGGCGGGCCCCCGAGGAGCUAGCACACUUGUGGCGGGCGUGGCGGGAGAACACGAGGACCAUGAGGAACUCCUACGCCGGCUUCGUCACCCUCGCCAACCAGGCCGCCAGAACCAACAACUUCGACAACAAGGGUGACCUCAACCUGGUGGAGUACGGCGGGAGUGUCUUCAGGGAGCAGCUGUCGGAGGCGUGGACGCAGCUGGAGCCCCUGUACCGCCAGCUGCACGCCUACGUCAGGAGGAAGCUGAGGGAUGCGUAUGGAGCCCACCUGGUGCGUGAGCGGGGGCCCUUACCUGCCCACUUGCUAGGUGACCUCUGGGGGCAGGCCUGGCCUCUCCCCUACCUGCUGCCCUUCCCUGACGUGCCCCUUGUGGACGUGACCAACGAAAUGAAGAGACAGGGAUACACACCUCGUAGGAUCUUCGAAGUGGCAGACGGGUUCUUCGCCUCCCUAGGACUCGAGAGCGCCCCGGCAUCAUUCUGGCGCUCCUCCGUCCUUGAAGACCCCAAAGACACGCCCGUAGACUGCCGCACCUCCUCCUGGGACUUCUGUGACGGCAGGGACUUUAGGGUUAAGCAGUGCACGAAGAUAACCCAAGACGACCUGGUUUCGGCGCACCACGAGAUGGCCCACUUGCAAUACUUCCAGCAGUACAGACACCUGCCCUACCUGUACCGGAGGGGGCCGAACCCAGGAUUCCAAGAGGCCAUAGGAUUAGCCGUAGGACUCAGCGUGGCCUCCCAAAAAUACCUUCGGCGGAUAGGACUCCUUGCGGCGGGGCAGGGCACAUCCUCGGCCUCCCAGCUCAACACCCUAAUGCACCUCGCCCUCCGCCAACUGCCCUUCAUGCCCUACGCGAGAGUCCUGGACCAGUGGCGGGAUGGGGUGCUCAACGGGUCCAUCCCACGUGAAGACUGGAACUGCGCAUGGUGGGAUCUGAGAGUGAAUGUGCAGGGGGUCAAGCCGCCGGAGGUCAGGACGGAGAGGGACUUUGACCCCGGCGCGAAGUUCCAAGUGGCUGCUGACCUCUCGUACACCAGGUAUUUUGUGGCCUUCGUUCUUCAGUUCCAGGUGUACCAGGAGCUGUGCAUGGCGGCUGGGGAGUUCGAACCUAGGGACAACGGUACACAACUCCACCAGUGCGAUUUCUACCAGUCAACCAAGGCGGGUGACGCGCUGAGGUCCAUGAUGCAGCUGGGGGCCUCGGUACCCUGGGAGGAGGACCUGGAGGUUCUGACACAGGGGCGGGAGACUAAACUGAACGCUGGAGCAAUGCGCGAGUACUACAGGCCGCUGGAGGAGUGGCUGACGGAGCAGAACAAGAGGAGGGGAGAGUUUGUCGGCUGGCGGGCAGAUGGCGAAUAUUGUCUCUAUAAGAAGCCGUUUAGAGCCACGAACUGCAACCUCACCUAA